UGGUAAUUUCGUGGUAACAUAACAUUUCGCUUGAACGAAUUUAUACAGUGCAUGAACGAAUGUAUACAGUUUCUGCCUCAAUGCGAAUCAUUUUUGCAUUGACGCCUAGCUAGUUGUGGAUUUAAUCUAAUGUCAAUGGUUUACUGUGUCUUGAGUCUGUUAGCUCGCAAGCUAACGUUAGUAGGCCGCAGUCGCUAACUAGCCUAGAUUCUGAAGUUAGCUUGUUUGCUAAUGUUAGCCUCUUAGCACUUUCGUUGGUUAACAAGCUGUCACUUUGUAUUCACACGACAAUGCCUGUCAUGUGAACGCUGGGUAUUUACUCAAAGCAAAAUGUCGAACGGACGGCAUUUGACUCGUUGACUUGAGUCUUACUCCUAUUUUUAUUGUUUAGGCACCUGACCGGCUUUUUUUUGCGAGCUAACUAACAUAUGUUAACACAGGGGAGAAUCAUUGCAAACCAUUAGCAGCAUGCUAACGUUAAUUACCUAGCUAUUUGGCUUCAUAGUAUCAGUCAUCUAAACAUUGCUGCUUAUAGUACUUGUAUACCUGCAUCAUUUGUUGAGGGGAAUGUUUGCUAUGUCCGCUGUAGUUUAGCAACGGAUUUAAAUAUGCGUUUGAACUAUUAUAUUGGAAAGUACCUAAUGUUAGUUGGUUAACUAGUGUUACCCAUGGAGCUAACGUAAGCUAGUUUGUCAAUGGCCGUUACUUGUAAAUCAGCUAGCUAGCUCACUGGUUGAGUGACUUCCAGUUUGCAAUCUAUUUCUAUUAAAGACCAGCGCGAACUUAACAAACCCCAAGAUUCAAUAGGCCUGGUUUUUUAUCCGUUUUUUUAUCUAUUACAGUUGACAGCUACAAGAAGGUACGCCCUCCUACUGUCUAAACAACAUCACAUAAUGUGUUUGUGGCUGGCUGUCCUUACCACAAUCUGCUACUUUCGUAUCAAGCUGUUGCCAAUUGACCUCUAACACAGGCAGAAGUUGGUGGUGAUCCUCAUAACAUUCAGCUUCGACUACUAAAAUAUUAAGACACCAGUACCACUAGUUAAGUGAGCAGGUCUGAUUUAGGCCUACGUUUUGCGUUGUCACUAGUGUACUAUUAAUGUUCUCCACUAUCCAGGUGUUCGAUCCAGCCUUUUUAAUGCGAGUAAAUUAUGUCAGAUAAAAAGUUUCUACAAGCUUGAUGGAAACAGCAGAUUUGUUGUUCAAUGAAAAAAAUGUCAACGAAACAAAAUAAGCUACAAGAGCCGUGACACCUGCUCCCCCUUCACCGUACCAUAGGAUGUCCCACAGCCCCGAGAUGAAGGAUGACUCUAUGGAGUGCCCUCUGUGCAUGGAGCCGCUGGAGAUUGACGACGUCAACUUCUUCCCCUGCACCUGUGGCUACCAGAUCUGCCGCUUCUGCUGGCACCGCAUCCGCACAGACGAGAACGGCCUCUGUCCCGCCUGCAGAAAGCCGUACCCGGAGGACCCUGCGGUGUACAAGCCCCUGUCACAGGAGGAGAUCCAGAGGAUAAAGAAUGAGAAGAAGCAGAAACAGAACGAGAAGAAGCAGAAGGUGACAGAGAACAGGAAACACCUGGCCAGCGUCAGGGUGGUGCAGAGAAACCUGGUGUUUGUGGUCGGGCUCUCUCAAAGGCUCGCAGAUCCAGAGGUUCUAAAAAGGCCAGAGUAUUUUGGGAAGUUUGGGAAAAUACACAAGGUGGUCAUCAACAACAGCACAUCAUAUGCAGGUUCACAGGGUCCCAGUGCCAGUGCCUAUGUCACCUAUAUCCGCUCUGAAGACGCCCUCAGAGCAAUACAAUGUGUAAACAAUGUAGUGGUGGACGGCAGAACACUCAAGGCUUCUUUAGGUACAACAAAAUACUGCAGUUACUUCCUGAAAAGCAUGCAGUGUCCCAAACCAGACUGUAUGUAUCUACAUGAGCUGGGGGACGAGGCAGCUAGCUUUACUAAAGAGGAGAUGCAGGCUGGGAAACACCAAGAAUACGAGCAAACACUACUCCAGGACCUCUACAAAAUGAAUCCAAGCUUUCUACAGACGUCACCGUGUGCAGGGGAAAAGUCAAAAAGCAGAUCUUCAAAUUCUACACACAGACCCAACAAUGGCAAAGAUGGGUGGCCGAUUCUAUCGGGGUACGGUGGCAAACUGGCCAAUGGCCUGUCAGAGGACAGGAAGUCUCCUCCGUUGCUAGACUGCUGCCUGGACCCAGAGGGCAUGACCUCCGAUGGGUUAGGACUUGGCCUGGGGCUGGACACCGAGUUGGGGAUGGCGUCUGGUCAGGGUGCUGCCCUGUCCCCCUUCUCCUCUAACUGUGACAGCAACAGUCCCAGCGACAAACCUCCGGAAUCAAUAAGUAUGGUGAAUGGAGAGACCUUACAACAGAUGCCUAACAGUGAGUCCCCCUCCUCUCCUCCGGGGCUGACCAGACCCCCGAGCAGUCUGGUGGUUCCUAUCAGUGUAGUGGACCUCACCGCCCGCUCUCCCUUCGAGGGGGCUGCUGCAGAAUCCCAGUCGCUCUUCUCAGACAACAGUAACUUCAGACAACCCAACCCUAUCCCGUCUGGCCUGCCCCCCUUUCCUAACACACAUAGAGGGGGAUCCGACUGGCCCAUGACCCCUGAACCACAGAGCCUCUUCACAUCAGACACAAUACCGGUCUCGUCCUCCACAGACUGGCAGGCGGCCUUCGGCUUCGGCUCCUCAUCCAAGACACAACAGCAGGACGACGACCUAGGCUUCGACCCCUUCGACAUCACGAGGAAGGCCCUGGCUGACCUCAUAGAGAAGGAGCUGUCAGUCCAGGACCAGCCCAGUCCGCUGGGGUCCCCCGGCCCCUUCAACCUCCACCACCCCGGGUCCCACCACGGCCUUCACCUGCCCCCCUCCAACCCCAACCAUUUCCCCAGUAGCCUUGGACCUCCACCCCGCCUCUCUCAGCUCCACCACAGGCAAAUCUAUAGUUCCUUUAGUUUCCCUGGUUCCCAGAGUCAGAGUAGUCAUCAUGGUGGAAGUCAGGCUGCCCAGGCCGCCACAGCCUCUCGGCAUCCCUGGAUGGACAUGUCUCCCUCGGCACGCAGCAAUAAUCACCUCUCACACUUGAACCACUCGGCCAACGCUGGAGGGGGACACGGAAACUUCCUGGACUUGAGCAUGCCUCCUCAGCGCCACAGUACAGGGCUGGGAGGGAUCCCCAUAUCAGAAAGCAGCUGUUCUAUAGAUGGCCUCAAUGUGAAAGAAUGGCAGGCUGGCCUUAGAGCUCUCCUCCCCAACAUUAACAUCAACUUCGGCGGUCUCCCCAACUCCUCCUCUUCCUCCUCCUCCUCCUCGUCCUCCAGUGUGAACCACAUCGGGCGGCCCAACCACCUGGGGGGGCCAGGGGGGCUAUCACACAGCCUCAGCUGGGACGGUCCGGCCAGCUGGAUGGACCCAGCCAUCAUCACAGGUAGCAUCCCAGCCUCGACAGGUAACAGUUUAGACCUUUUCCAAGAGGACCAGAACCCUCCCCACUGGCUCAAGUCCCUCCAGGCCCUGACAGAGAUGGAUGGCCCUGCCCUGCCUAGCUCCUCUCUCCCCCAGCAGCCCCAGAACCAACAGCACCUGUCCCUCCACAGCCACCACCACGGCCUCCUAGACCAGGCUGCCUCACACCCACACCUCCCCCUCCACCACAGAGCUGGCUCCGGCUGGGCCCCUUACCUUCCCAGCCUGGCCCAACCCACACAGGCCAACCCCAGCCAAUUUCACAGCCCUCCCCCAGGCUUCCAGACAGCCUUCAGACCCCCAGGCCAGAGCGCUACCGAGCUGCUAAACAGUACCACCGCCGGAGACCGACACUAAAGACAGAUUACAGCAGUGUCCCAACCCGAUACAGAUAGUGUACACACACCAAUCUGCAGAUUAUCAAAUUAUGAAGAAUUAUUAGCUAACAAAAUAACAAGGCUGCUUUCUUUGUCCUUUAAACUUCUAUCUUUUUGUUCUGUUCUGACGGCCUGUUUGUUCCUUUUUCUCUCUUUUUUUUUCUUUCCCCGUGUCACAUGACAUGCAUUACUAGGUACCCUCCCUUUUGGUCUGCCACCGACCAAGUCAAUGCCUUACUGUGAGCUCCAGUAGUCAGGGGUGGGUUCAGUAGUUGUGAAACAUUUUGAAAACGGAAAGUGUUUCUUAUUGGACAGAUAAAUCCAUGUAGUCCCUGCCGGUUUCAUUUAGUUUUCUUCCGUUUGGUGCAUAAUGAAUAUGACCCAGGUGAAUUGUUUGGGAUCAGACACUGCUGUGAGCUUCACUUGAGGUCCGUUCUUUAUGAUCUAGACGAGCACGGAGAACAGGAGCAGUACUAGGUUUGGUGACGCCAAAGUCGAUAACUACAAAACGCACAGGAAACCAGAUUAACGUGGGUAAUUUUAAGAAGUUAACUCGUGAUAUGAAAUGGAUGAAAGAAGUGAAGUCACGAUUACUCUUUGAGGAUGAAGCAACCAAAUGAAUGGCAAAUCUUGCUCUUAAAGCUUUGCCCUAAAUACCCUCAUCAACCCCACUUUCAACAGAACAGGAGACCUGGAUGAAACUCUACGCUCCCUCGCUGCAGAGAAGCCCUGGAGUGGUUCACUUUGGGCAUGUGACAAAAUGCCUCAGUUUAACGGUUUAACAGGUAUGGUUGAGAAUCUUUCGAGAACUAUUGUUGAGGGACUUAGUCGUAGUUGGUUCAGAUGACAGGAAGUUCUGCAGACAGAGAUGGGCGGACUAAGACGUUAGGAGGGGUGAGUUGAGGGCACAGGUAGGCUAUACAUGCUACGGUUUCCAUGUUAGACACACGGUCACAAUGGUGACGUUCCAGGCCGACUAGAUUGUAGUCGUGCUGCACUCAAUGCAGCAACCAAUGAUCGACCUUUGAAGUCGGUGUCAGACUGCUAUAUCAUAUGUGGUUAGCUGAGAACUGAUCAGCUAUAUCUGAUUUAACUGGUUAGCUGAGAACACCUAUUCAGGCGUUGUGAGAUCUGGCAGGCGACUGCAAUGUAGUCUGCCUGGAACGCGCCCAGCCAAUGACUUGUCUCAUGCAGGUCAUUUAAAACCAACGUUCAUCCCUUUGGGGUCAGGGGUCAUGGUGCCCCGUCCUGUAGUAGAGGGAAGAUUCAGUUGAACCUCUGUAUCAGAGGAAGUAGCACCACCUAACAGGAGGGCUGGCCGACUGGUUAAAGAGUCUCGCCACUGUUCGCUGGUCGGAAGAAGAAUAGGUCAAGACUCGCGAUACCAGACCUCGGCACGUUAACUGCUAAUUCUGGUGAAACGGAGCGGUUGGCGUCGAGGCUAGGGGGGAAAAAGUACAGUAUUUAAAAACUGUUGGGAGUAUUACAGGCUAAUACUGGGACAUCCUGAAACCAGGAUUUGGUCUUAUACACAGUGCCACUGUGUGGCACCUCCAGUAGCUAAACCCUUAUCAGGAGAACUACCAGAAAGCAGACAAAACAGAGAAAUGAAGGGGUUGAUGGAAAUGGCUUCCAAGAUAUGCAGGUCAAAACUAAUACUAAUAAGGGUAGCCAAUAGCGUUACAAGUUUACACCUUGUUAGACCCGUGAGGGCUUUCAACGAGGCCUUACCAUGAAUUAAUGAGAGGCGCUUGAGUGAUUGGGAAAUGGUGUCAAGAUGUUCUGAUGUGUAUCUGUAUAAAACCUCUGAGAAUGGAAAUAAUGCAAUGUGAUAUUAUCGUAAAGUGCUACAAGACAAGCUGACAAACGACGGCUUGCAAUUUAAUCCAAGGAGCUCUCUGCCUUCCUCUGGGCCAAGAGAAUUAAUAACCUCUCCUCCCUUCAGACUCUUUCUUUUUAGUCUUAACUCAUGAUCUCACCAUCUUUCUCUCUCUCUCUCUCGCUCUGUUCAUCGCUCCCUCUUUCUCCUGCUGUCCCCUAUUAAAAACAGUAUUCACCAGAAACAAGAACUGAUCCAGGAGAAGCCAAAGGUCAGUCGUACUCCCGUGGUUUUGAACAUGAUGCUGAGUUAAACCCUCAUUGAGGAGCUUAAAGGAAUUGAACUGUCCUCUGCAGGUCUGGAAAAAGAAACCUUAAAUAAAACGGAAAAACCCA